AUGACAAUGAUCAGGUUUAAUAAUAGCAAUAAUAAUAUGAAUCACAAUAUUCAAAACAAUGUGUUUAUUAAUUUACCACAUAUUUUGUUAUCAAAAAUAAUAGAUGUAUUAGAAGAAAACAUUGAUCGAAUAUGUCUAACUCUUACUUGUAAGAGAUUGUUUAAUGAGAAAGAUAAAUACUUUAGAUUAAAUAGUGACGAUAUACCUGAUCAACCGAUUCACAAUGAUCGUUUACUUAGUAAUUUCAAAUUAAAUACAUAUGUCAACGAUAUGAGGCUGGCAUUACAACAGCCAAGAGUAAAUUGUACUCUAAUGAUAACAUUUGGAUCACCAUCAAUCCCACCUUCUAUAGAAAAGGAAUAUCAUUAUCUUCAAGACUACGAAGAUGGCAAUAAAAAGCAUUUAGACAAUAUUGAUAUAGUAACUUCUAUCUGUAGAAUAACAUUUCAUGGUAAAAACAAGAGAGCAUUAACUAAUGAAUUUCUAAAUGCGCUGGCCAACUCCAAUGUCAAUACACUUCACAUUGGCGAUGUACUCAAAUUUGAAUUCAAUAGACUUCCCGCCAACAUAAAACAUAUAAAAAGUAACAAAUGUUUUAUAGUGAAUCAUUUGCCCGUUGGACUGAUCAAUCUAUCGAUUGAAUCGUUGGAUCAUCCACUAGUUACUUCUUUACUACCGUCUACUCUGAGAUCGUUAGCCUUAGAGAAUACUACACAACCAUCUCUAUGUAAGAUCGAUCUCAAAGGAUUGCCACCCACACUCGAAGAACUCCGACUUGGUCAGAAUAUCGAGGCCAAUACCGCUCCACUUCCAUCGACAUUACAAUCUCUUUCUUUACAAUGUAAGAUAUGGAGAGAUUUAAAGUCAUCAAACAACCUAUCGAAUAUAUCGAUCAAGAAGCUAGAGUUACACGUUAAUGAUACAAAUCAGUCGGAUUGGUUCAUUCCAGAGUCGGUUACCGACCUGACAAUCAACCUAUCAGUACCAAUAACUAUAACAAAGUCAAUCUUUCCAAGUGGUAUCAAAAAACUAAAGUUCUAUUCCUAUGAUGAUAGAUUCAAGUGUGAGCCAGAUGUUUUCUCCACCUUACACCAACUUGAAGAACUUGACCUACUAAAUGUCAGUUGGAGUGAAGGUCUAACGAUUGGUCAGCUUCCAAAGAGUAUCAAAAGAAUUCUACCACCUAGAGACUUAAAAUGUGAGCUAUCUACAUUUUGCGAAAUACCAGAUUUUUCUGUAGAGACUCUCUUUAUUAGUAUCCGAGAUAUAGAGGGCGGCAAAUCGCCAAGAGUACCAAAAGGAGUUAAAGAGUUAAUAAUCGAUAGUUAUAUUCAGCUAAAGCCAGGAAUAGUACCAGAUGGUGUCGAGGAGCUUGUUUUAACUAAUCAUCAAAAGAUUGAGAGUCCGCUGGAAUCGAUCCCUGCCUCGAAAAUGUCUGAUUUAAAAGAAAAUAAUAAUAACAAUGAUACUAGUAGUAGUAGUAAUAUAAAGUUAGAAUCUGAUAGUAGUAAUAUAAAUAUAGAUAGUGCUGCAAGUAGUAGUAGUAAUGAUAGUAAUCAAGCAAAAAUAAAAGAAAAUGAAAACAAUAAUAAUAAUAAUAAUAGCAGCAAUGACUAUCAGGGAAUCAGUAAGAGAUUACUAAACAAUCUAGAAUGUCUUACUAUUAAGAAAGAUGAUAGCGAUGUUCAAGUAGAAUGUAAACUUCAAUACAGUGUAUAUAGAGGUGAGGAGGAUAUAGAGAGUAUCAUUCGAUUGAUAGAAAACGAACUCUCUGAACCUUAUUCUAUAUUCACCUAUCGAUUCUUCUUGAACAAUUGGCCACAUCUCUGCUUUCUAACACACGACGUGACCAAUCCAGAGGAAAAGCGAUUGGUAGGUGUCAUCAUAUCAAAGAAAUCACAACAUAAACUACUAGAGAGAGGUUAUAUCGGUAUGGUCGUUGUAGAUAGAACCUAUAGAAGAAUGGGUAUUGGAUCAUCUUUAAUUAAGAUUACAAUCGAAAAAUUGAUAGAAUUACAAUGUGAUGAAGUUGUUUUGGAAACCAUCAUUACAAACUUCCAAGCUAUAUCGUUAUAUGAGAAUCUCGGAUUCAUUAGACUGAAGAGACUAUACAGAUAUUAUACUAUGGGUGCAGAUGCCAUUCGUUUAUUAUUACCUUUAAAUGAUAAGUUCUUAAUAAAAUAA